GAAAACUCACUUGUUACUUAACCUGUACCGCCCUACAUGUAUCACGGCUGCAGGAUACGGCUCAUAGAUGAAAACUACCCCGGUGAGAGUCGUUCUCUGUCGGACAAGGAGCCCGUCAGGCUGGGACCAUGUCGGACAUCUCCCCAGAUUUUAACAACGACACGCUGCCGGCGGAGCGGAUCACUCACUUCAACUUCCCUGCGCUGAUAUUCGGGAUCUUGCUGAUAGUGAUCAUCACUGGCGGAAAUGUGCUUGUGUGCCUCAGCGUGUUCCUUGAAAAGGCUUUAAAAACCACAACAAACUACUUCAUAGUCAGUUUGGCGUUCUCAGACCUGCUGCUGGCGGUGCUGGUUCUGCCGCUCUUCGUUUACGCAGAGUUUCAGGGUGGAGUUUGGUCCUUGAACAUGCUGGUGUGUGACAGCCUGAUGACCAUGGAUGUGAUGCUGUGCACCGCAUCCAUUUUCAACCUCUGUGCCAUCAGCGUGGACAGGUUCAUUGCCGUGUCCAUCCCACUAAACUACAACCGUAAACAUGUGGACCACCGUCAGAUCGUGCUGCUGUCGGCCACGUGGCUGCUGGCCCUGGCUGUGGCCUCGCCCGUCAUCUUUGGCAUCAACAACGUACCGGACCGCGACCCUAGCGAGUGCAAACUGGAGGACAACAACUAUGUGAUUUACUCCUCCGUCUGCUCCUUCUUCGUCCCCUGCCCCAUCAUGGUCCUGCUCUACUUUGGGGUUUUCCGUGGGUUACGACACUGGGAGGUGACUCGUAAGGUCAAGCUCCGCAGCAGCAUAGAGGCUUGCAGGAGACUGCAGCAUGCGGCCGUGGCCACCGCCCUCCCCCCGCUCACAGGCACCAUCCCCGGACCUCUGCCCAUGCCUCUGCCCAGGAUCACCGAGAGGGACUUGGCCCAGUCUCGGUUGGACGACACCGGCGACUUCAUGCAGCAGGAGAUCCCUUAUCCCCGGCAGUACAGAGAGAACUCAGUGCCCACGGUGACCUACAACCAGGUGCACCGCAAGAAGAGAGCCAAGAUCAACUGCAGGGAGAGGAAAGCUAUGAAGGUGCUGCCUGUCGUAGUAGGUUGCUUCCUGUUCUGCUGGACUCCGUUCUUCGUGGUGCACACGACGCGAGCCAUCUGUCUGACUUGUGACAUCCCUCCCGCUCUGAUGAGCACCGUCACCUGGCUGGGCUACGUCAACAGCGCUCUAAACCCCAUCAUCUACACCAUCUUUAACACAGAGUUCAAGAAAUUCUUUAAGAAGUGUUUCCAAAUUUCCCUCCGAAGACGCUAAAGGAAGGAACUGGGAGGUGAUAAGGGAUUAGAAAGUGCGAGGCUAACAGUUGGACCGUCAACUCAUUACUGGGCUGCCAGCUGGACGUGGAUUGUCGAUUUGGCCGACAGUUUAAAAAAAAAAAACUCUUUAACACCGUUUCUGAUGAUGUUUAUUACAUUUUACAUUCCAUUUUAUCAUUUGGUAAAGUACUUUCGUGAUCCUCUGGGAUUACUUCCAAAACUAAAUGAUGACCUUUGGGGCGUAACGCUGCAGUUAAACAUGUGAACCGACUCAGAAAAUUGUCUGAGGGGAGCUAAUCACCAUUUCCAGUCUGUCCGCAAAGCCCUUCUUUAUCGUUUAUCAGCCCUGGAUAAAGUUAUGGUCUGCCAGCUCCAGUUAACUACAUGGGAUUUGUACAGAGCCUGGUCUGCCUGAAGGGAUCAUCAGGGCGAAAACUGUCCCCAGGAGCCCAAAUAAGCUUCAACAGACCAGCUAAAAGCAGCUACACAAGUAAAUAUCCUUUAAGAACGGCCAAUGAUUUGUACACUAAAAUAAACACUUGGGAAAUACGCUUUCUUGCUGAGAGUUGGAUGAGAUGAUCGAUAGCUCUCUCAUGUCUCUGUAAUAUGAAGCUACAGUAAGCAGCUGAUUGGCUUAGCUUGGCCAAAGGACUGGAGAUAAAUGAAACAGAUUGUGUCAAUUGCUUACCAACACCUCUCAGGCCUAACAUGUUCAAUCUUUAAUUGAAUCUUUAGUUAAAUCAUAUUAAACUUCUUUUUUUUUUAAAUGUGUAGUUUUACAGAGGGUAAAACAUUCACAUUCGGAUUCUUAAUACACAUUUGAAUGCUUUUUUGUACUUUUCUUUGCAUAUUGAUCCUGUUAAAACCCAGUAUUUCAACAGGGAUUUCAUAUAUAAUAUAUUUAAGAUUUGAUUCCAGCCGUGCCUCUGUAGGAAUGUUUCUAACUUGUGUGAUCCAAACUGAUCCACACACACAACAACAAAAAUUUAAAACGAAAAUGUCCAAACAUCAAUUCAGGCUUAAAAUGUAAUAAAACACAAGACAUGGACUACUUCUUGGGUUGAGGUAGUAACUUAGUAGAAACUAGUGAAGACUCCAGGGUAGCCGUUUCCUAGUCUCCAGUCUUUAUGCUUCGCUAAGCUAUCUGUCUCCUUGCUGUCGGACAGUGGUAUCAAAAGUCUUAUCCAGCUCUUGGCAAGACAAAGAAAAAGAGGAAUUCUUCAAAUGUUCUGUUUCUGAACUAAACAUUUACAUCAGUUUUCAUGGUACUGUCCAAAGUCUGGAGAGAAGAACAUUAUUUUUGGGAAACGCCCAAAGAAGAAAGCUGGUCAAAGAAAUGUGCUAACACUACGCUUCAUCAACAAAAUAUCUACCAGGAAUCUGAAGUGUGACAUAAAGAGGUAUGAGAGAGGUGGAGUUUCCCUUCAGAGGACUUAAAGGUCAGCUUCAUCCAGACAACUGACACUUCCCUAUCUUGGAUCACUGACUGUCUGAGUGUUGAAUCGGUAAAAUGGUUUAUAAUGGGGAACAUGGCACAGUUUGAACCCGCUCACCAUAACUUUUUCUAGUAAUUUGAACAUUGUGUUUUCAUGAAAAGAAACAUUCAUACAAUAUUAAGUAGCAUCAUGCCUUAACAUUCAUUGAAUGAUUUUUUUAGUCUUGUCAUAACAGAAGAGAAACUCUUCAGAGGAGUUCAUGGGAUUAAUAUAUCUCCUUUCUGUUUUAUAUUUAAACUCCUUCUCAGUGAACCUUGAGUUACACUCAUCAACACAGAGGCUGAGGAGUCCCUUUGUUUCAACUAUUUCCUCACUUAGCAAAAAGGAAAGUUUAUCUACCCACUAAUUGUUUUACUAUGGCAGUUAACUCCUGCCACCAUAACACAAAAAAAUAAAUACUAAAACAGGUUAUGGUUCAUUAUUUUCAUGUUCAACAUAUACUUCUCAUUAUUGCCACAUGUGAAAUUGUGAUGCAGCUUUCUGUACGUUUAAGACCUUUAUCAUUGCUACAGAAAAUCUACUCAAAACAUUUGAAUAACAUCAAACUUAUCUUGCUUAACAACCUGGUCUUAUUGUAUUGAAAUGAAAAGAAAAAUGGUGUUGUCAUGAUAACACUUUUCCUUUUUUAAAAGGAAACAUUUAUUAUGUCUACCAACAGCAAUGUUUAAUUCAAAACACAUUUUUUUCAACAAAAUCAUUUGGUAUGUAGUAAUUGCGAGAAAUAGAUGUCCUUGUAAUUUAUAUAUGUUGUGGCAAGGAUGUUGGUCAAAUAACAUACUAAACGAGAAAGUGUUUCAAAAUAUUUGUUGUCAUGGUGACACUAAUUUCCAAUUUUGAGUCAUCUCAUUUCCUUUUGCUACGUAAAUACAUAGCAUAAUAUUACAGUACGUGUGUAAAAUCAGCUACACUGUUGACAAAUUAAUUGUAUUUGUUUACUAAGUGAUGAUGAAUAUCAGAUAGUUUGCUUUCUAAUGUUUACAUGAUAAUAAAUGAAAUGUUUAAGUUGCUAUAAUGUACAAAACAAAAUGUAAGUGAAGCAUUUCCAGAUUGUGUCUUCAUAACACUGCAAAUUAGAGUCAUUAUAUCCUUGUGUAAAGUUUUGUAAAAAAAGUGGUUCUGUUUUUAAAUGGAAAAUAUCCCGGGUGGCAGGCUGGCUUAAAUUGAA